CCUGCCAUCAAGAAGCUACGAAUCCGUGUACACUAAAAUAUGCUGCCGGCCAAUGGCUGGUUGUUAGUUACUUCGAUUCGGAUCCACUAACCUAACGAAAGCAGCAGGCGUAAAAAGAAUCUGAUGCACAGUAGCUACUAGCUAUCCCGAUUUAUGUCACACCGGUUUUAGUCAAGUCAAUGGUGUUAUUUAUGGCAACCAACUGACACUGCAUUGAGCUUUUGUUCAUCCGUAGUUAUCGUUUAAAAAAUAGUGUAUUUUAAAGUAGGCUGCUGGCUAACUAUCAAACAGACUCACUUUUCUCAGUAUUUUCAUCUAACGUUAGCUGGCUGGCUAACUUCCUAUUUUUUUGCAUUCCUUCUUUGUCUUAGUCGACGUUUGUUUUUGUUGGUGGUUUCUUUCUGGCCAGUUCUUUUCCCCCCCGAGUUUUUACUUUUUCUACCUGACAAGGUUCCGGGUUUACCAAGAUAGGCAGCUCGGGAGUUAAGAUGUCCAACCGAACAGUGUGCAGAGAAGCAAGUCACGCUGGCAGUUGGUACGCCGCCUCAGGCUCCCAGCUAAAUACACAACUAGAAGGUUGGCUGUCUCAAGCACAAUCCACUAUCGGCCCUGCCAGAGCCAUCAUAGCACCGCAUGCUGGGUAUUCCUACUGCGGUGCRUGUGCUGCACACGCCUACAAACAAAUAGAUCCUUCUAUUACUCGCAGGGUGUUCAUCUUGGGCCCGUCUCACCAUGUUCCUCUGUCCCGCUGCGCCCUGUCCUCUGCUGAGGUUUAUAAAACACCUCUCUACGAUCUCAGGAUUGACCAGAAUGUCUAUGCUGACCUCUGGAAGACUGGGAUGUUUGAGAGGAUGAGUCUCCAGACAGACGAGGAUGAGCACAGCAUUGAAAUGCAUCUGCCUUACACUGCUAAAGCCAUGGAGAGUCAUAAAGAUGAGCUCAGCAUUGUCCCGGUGCUGGUGGGAGCCCUCAGUGAGUCUAAAGAACAGGAUUAUGGGAAACUGCUCAGCAGGUAUCUGGCUGAUCCCUCCAACUUGUUCAUCAUCUCCUCGGACUUCUGCCACUGGGGUCAACGGUUCCGCUACACGUACUAUGACGAGGCUCAAGGAGAGAUCCACAGAUCCAUUGAACACCUUGAUAAAAUGGCCGUGUCUGAGCUGAGGACGAGUGGAACAGAGAUGAAGUUCUCCUUCCUGAACUAUGCCCAGUCGUCCCAGUGCAGGAACUGGCAGGACAGCUCUGUUAGCUACGCAGCCGGGGCCCUCAUUGUACAUUGAUGUGGUCCACCUCGGACAUUCCCAAAUGGUACCCUCUUCACUAUAUAGUACUUUUUGACCAGGGUCGAUAGUAGUCGUGUCCAAGCCAGACAAGGCUCCUCCUGCCCUAUGGGGCCAAUCUCCUGUUGGUGUAGUGUGAGAGAGAGAGUUUGAUGUUUGAAGUAAAGCCCUUGGACAGGACACUUGUCUAUCGCAGGGUCCAUAGGGCUCUGGUCAAAAGUAGUGCACUAUAUAGGGACUAGGGUUCCAUAGGGCUCUGGUCAAAAGUAG